AUGGGGUGGCUCGCAGCCCGCGUCUUCCUCGCCCUCCUGAAAGCGCUGCUGUCGGCCGCGGCCCUGGACUCGGCGUCCACGGCCACGCCCGGGAGCCCGCUGUCCCCCACCGAGUACGAGCGCUUCUUCGCGCUGCUGACGCCCACGUGGAAGGCGGAGACCACGUGCCGCCUGCGCGCCACGCACGGCUGCCGCAACCCCACGCUGGUGCAGCUGGACCAGUACGAGAACCACGGGCUGGUGCCGGACGGCGCCGUCUGCUCCGACCUCCCCUACGCCUCUUGGUUCGAAUCCUUCUGCCAGUUCACGCAGUAUCGUUGCUCCAACCAUGUGUACUAUGCCAAGAGAGUGCGCUGUUCCCAGCCGGUCUCCAUCCUCUCGCCCAACACACUCAAGGAGGUGGAAUCGCCCAUGGAACCCCCAUCCACCACCACCGGCUCCCCCUCCGCCUCCCGGGCCACAGCCACGGAACGUCAGGUCUUCCAGCCGUGGCCGGAACGCCUGAGCAACAACGUGGAGGAACUGCUCCAGUCGUCCUUGUCCCUGGGAGGCCAGGAGCAGCCCAACAGUCACAAAAUGGGCGCCGAUGCGCAUAAGCAGGAACUGUUGCAUGAGCACAAGACCGACGGGGAGCAGGAAGAGGAGGAGGAAGAGGAGGAGGAGGAAGAGGAGCAGGAGGAGGAAGAGGAGGAGGAGGAGGAGGAGGAGGAGGGCAGGCAGGAGGCAGUGGGGACGCAGGAGGCGCUGGAGAGCAUGUCCAGUCUGCAGAGCGACUCGGAAGGCAAAUUCCAGGCCGAGGCUCUGGCGGCCGACGCGCCGUCCUUCACCCCGCACGUCCGGGAGGUGGACUCGGUCCCGCUCAUGAUGGAGAACAUUCAGGAUCUCAUCCGCUCGGCCCAGGAAAUGGAAGACACCAAAGAGGCCUCCGAUGAGUCCUACCGGCGAAGCCACACUGGCAGCCUUCUGCAGCUGCCGCACACCGAUGCCUUGCUGGUGAUGUGCUACUCCAUUCUGGAGAACUCCUGCAUCGUCACCCCCGCCGCCAGGGCUUGGAGCUACCUAGAGGAAGUGCUCCUGGGCUUCGGCAAGUCGGUGUGCGACAACUUCGGGCGGCGCCACCGGCCCACGUGCGCGCUGUGCGCCUUCUGCUCGCUGAAGCUGGAGCAGUGCCAGGCGGAGGGCGACCUGCGGCGCCAGCAGUGCGACAGCUCGCACCGCACGCCCUUCACCAGCAUCCUGCUCACCGCGCAGAGCAUGUCGGUGGGCACCCAGGCAGGGGCCCGGCAGGGCGGCCGCUUCUACGGGCUGGAGCUGUACGGCGGCCUGCGCAUGGACUUCUGGUGCGCCCGGCUGGCCACCAAGGGCUGCGAGGACGUGCGCGUGUCCGGCUGGCUGCAGGCCGAGUUCCUCAGCUUCCAGGACGGGGACUACCCCACCAAGAUUUGCGACACCGACUACAUCCAGUAUCCCAACUACUGCGCCUUCAAAAGCCAGCAGUGUCUGAUGAGGAACCAGAGUCGAAAGGUGUCGCGCAUGCGGUGUCUGCAGAACGAGACGUACAGUGUGCUGACGCCAGCCAAGAGCGAGGAGGUGGUGCUGCGCUGGAGCCAGGAGUUCAGCACCUUAGCCCUGGGCCAGUUCGGCUGAGCUGGGGGCCCCCCACCCCCCCAUCCCUGCCCAGGCCCUGCGUCCUGGGCCCAGGGCGGUGCCUGAUGGGAAAUCUCCCCACCCCUGGUCAUGUCUUUUCUAUAAAACGUUUAUUUGCGUGGA